AUGUUUUUGUUGUUAACAGCUCCAAAUGCAGCUUGGAGUGAAGAUGGCAAUAUUGAUGAAGACAAUGUACCCGCGGUGAAGAGUAGAAAACGAGUUACUUCGCUUGGAAAAGACCAGGGAGAAAUCGGUGCGAUGGACGGUACGAACAUGGAGAUACAAGAUACCAAGGGAAGCGAUACGAGGAAAGAUGAAAACGACUCUGGUAAAAAACAAGUCAAUCCUAACAUAGAUGGCCUGAUUCUUCUAGCCUGCCUUGUAGCCUUGAUUGCAUUUAUUGUAUUUCUGCGAUUCGUGUGCUGUUCAAUUGAGCAGUGUGAAGAAAAAUCCAAGAAGUCCUCUGCUACGAAAGAAAAAGUGGAACAAACAGAAAAAGAAAUAAUUUUACGGGGAAUGAAAUACAAGGCCUUGGUUUGA